AUUGUGGCACUUUUAGUUGGGAAGUCGUGUGCUUUAUUGCGGCUGACUUGACAGUGAGUCGCUCUUCUUGACCAGUGACUGUGAUCAGAUAAAAGGUUGAAGCGGACACAUUCCUCUGCUGUUCACUACUGAAGACACAUUUUGGGUGAUGGAUUGUUCAGAGGAGAUGCAGCCUGUGUCCGAGCAGCCCAGCGCUCAAAUGACGCUAAAGAAGGGAAUGUCCAUUUUUAUUGAUAUUUUGCGGAGAGCUGAUAAAAACGAUGAUGGGAAGCUGUCCUUUGAUGAGUUCAAAGCCUACUUCUCUGACGGAGUCUUGACAGCUGAGGAAUUGAAGGAGCUUUUCCACACUAUUGAUACCCACAACACAGACAACGUGGACACUGAUGAACUCUGUGAGUAUUUCUCCCAGCACCUCGGUGAAUAUGAGAAUGUUCUGGCUGCCUUAGAAGACCUGAAUAUGUCCAUACUGAAGGCGAUGGACAAAACAAAGAAGGAAUAUCAGGAGUCCACCCACCUGGAGCAGUUUGUGACCCGUUUCCUGCUGAAGGAGACAACCAAUCAGCUUCAUUCCCUUCAAAGCUCGCUGGAGUGCGCCAUGGAAACCACGGCCGAGCAGACUCGCCAAGAGAAACAAGGCCCUGUGAAGCCAGAGGUUUUGUCCAUCCAGUGGUCGGGUCGUCGCUCCAAUCGGAGGCUUCAGAGGAACAGCAGCCUCUCUCCCAACAACCCACUCCUCAGUCUCGUCAAUUCAGGUGUUUAUGAUGAAGACAGCCAGUGGAUGAUGCAGGUUAACAGACUGCAGAAGCUUAUCGACCGCCUAGAACAAAAGGAGAUCCGUCUGGAGCCCGUUGAAGAGGAGGUCUUGGAGAGCAAAUCGCACAUCCUGAUAGUCCAGAGGCAGCUCUUGGUGCUGGAGGAGGAGCUGGAGGAGUUUCGUUUGGCUCUCAGACAGUACAUGGAGUGUGCCUGCGCCCAGACUGGAUGUCUACACAUCGCAGUUCAGCGGCUGGCGAAUGAAUCACGCUUCAUUCUCUAUGAAUUCUGGGAGCAUAACAACGUGUGGAAGAAUCAUCUGCAGACCAACUACAGCAAGACCUUCCAAAGGGGGAAUGUGGACUUCCUGGAGACUCCUGAGUCCGUAACCACCAUGCUGGUUCCUGCCUCCUGGUGGGUCCUCAACAACAACUGAUCAUCACUGAUGGGUGCAGAGAGGAAACAGUCACCUGUCAACACGUCAGGAAGUCCACAGCAGCGCACACACACACAGACACACUCACAUACACGCAUAUACACUCACUGACUCAACACAACUCGUGAAAUCACGGUGAUUAGUAUCAAUUUUAUGACCUCCAUGUUCCUUCAUAGUGAGGUGGUAGCCAAAAUAGCCCACGUGUGUGUUUGUUUAUGUGUGUGUGUGUGUGCGUGUGUGUGUUUGUUUACACUCCUAGAAGACGCUCUGACGUCCUAAAAGCAAUGACCUCAUCAGACGUUCUGAUGAUCUGACAUCAUCACUGUGUUUGACGUGACAUCAUCUGCAGCCCAAGGUGGUUCAUGAAAGCUGAAGCGUGCAGUGAACGUGCAUGACAACGGCGUUCUGCACGUGUGUGUGUCUGUGUUUGUGUGUGUGUGUGUGAGAGAGAGAGAAAGAGAGAGAUGUAAUUGUAUCAAUCGUAGCAGCUCUGGGAGCUCAUUAAACCAUUAUUCCAUUGUUUCCGUAUUUAAUGUGUCAAAUUGAGAUAAAAAUCUGUUGGUCAUAAAUAAAGACGAUAUAUUGUUGUGUA